AUGGAUUACCACGGACGUGGCUAUGACGCGUCUUAUGAUCGGUAUGCGAGCCGAUACCAAAGCGACAGCGUUGGUUCUGAAAAGCGACACAAUGGCCGCUCAUACCGCAGGGAAAAAAGGCCCCACGGCUAUAGUCGCAGAAAUGAGCUUUUCCAAGGCGAGACUUACUACCCACAGAGCUCCAGGCUUUCUCAGCCUACUACAGUGGAAAGCAAAACGCGGAGGCCUGCUCCUCAGUUGCGAUACAAAACUGCGCGUUUCCAAGAGCAGUAUCAUUACUUCGACCCAAUAUUGAAAAGACUAGUGCACCGGGAUGUCAUGAAGUCGUGGGUUUCUGACAAACUGCCAAAAUCUGGCUACGUAAUUAUCCAGGAGACUCAGCCUAAUGGGAAGCCUAAACCAAUGUUAAAAACGAGGUAUCCGGACGAAAAAUCAACAGACCCAAGGAGUAAUAAUGAGUCCGAACCGAAAAGUACCAAGAUAUCACACCGAAAGCCACGCUCUCAUCUUCUGCGAUUACCGCGGAUUGUGUACGACAAGCACUCGAUAGGUGCUCCUCCGCCAAACGAAAUAGUGGUAUAUCCAGUAGUCAGAGACCCACACAAUUCUGUCCUCGAUGCUACCAUCAAAAAUUACUUUGGCACUUUUGGUGAAAUUUCUCACUUUGAAAGCUUUAAUGAUCCCAACAAUGCAUUACCACUUUAUGUUUAUGUCAUACGGUUCACAGGGCCACCAGAAAAACUGGACGCCCCAUACAGAUCUGCAUACAAAGCAGCCAAGACAUUCGAAAACACUCACUAUUUCGUUUCAGGUUUCAAAUUUGUCGUGGUCAUCAACCGUAAUAACCAAUCUCGCAAGAUCAUCGAUGGGAUCAUACAAGACAAUUUAGACCAAGCUGCAAAAAUGCAAAAGCAAGCGGAACGACAACAAAACCAAAAGCCCUUACCAUCGGGACCUCAGCCGAAAAUGCUGCCGCAAGAUCUUGAAAGGGUCGUGCAAGGAAGACCGUCACUCUUUGUAUCUAAGAAAGUUAUUUCAGUACAUGGUCUCGCAAUUGAAGAUUUCAAAAUUAAGUUGGCAAAAUACAAGUUUUCAAGAAUUAUAGGACACGCUUCAGGCUUUUACAUUGUUUUCAAUGAUGUCUCGGAUGCGAAAGCAUGCAUGUACGUGGAAUCUGAUAUUUUAACUAUCAAUUCUAGAAGAAGGCGGAAACCUGUCAAUAUCAGAUUUACCUUGCUGGAAGGAAAGUCACCUUUAGUAGCAAUAGCCAAGCAAGAGACUAAUAAGUGCGUCAAAAAGGAAUACGGCACCAUCGCUGAACUGAUUGACGCAGCUGCCGAACUUGUCAUUCAAGAUUUAGGCCGCGCUUUAGAGAGGGACAUCAAGAGGAGAAUCGUAGGGCCCACGGUUUUCGACGCACUGAAUCCACACAACUAUCCCGAAGUAAUGGCCAAACGAGACGAGGAAGAAAAGAAGAAGCUUGAGCUACGACGCAUCGCUGCCGAGACGAAACAAGAGCAGCAAUCGAAAUCUACUAGUUUCAAUAUAUUCAACUUGUAUGGUCCUCGUUUCAAGCAAAAAGUCAAGUCAAAUGGGCAACCAUCUACCGGAGAUCACAAGAACACCAAAGCAGAAAACGGACUCGACUUCACAAAAACAACAGUUGACCAAGAAUUGGCGAAGCCUAUGGCACAUUUACUCAACGAAAACUCAAGAAGUAACACACCAUCGGCAUCGGAAUUACAAAUUGACGAAGAUGAAACCAUGCUGUCUUCAGCCGACGAAGAGAUGGAUGAUCAGGAUGAACAUGAUGAAGAAGGUGAACAAGAUGAUCAAGAUGACCAAGAAGAUGAGCUAUCAGAUUCUUUUGAACACGCAGGGAAAAGGGCUAAGUUCGGAUCAUCUGAAGCAACAACUCCAGAGUCGGAAACAGAAAAAUAUGUCCUAACUAGCGCCAGGGCGGAAGAGAUGAUGAAAAUCUCUGAAAAAUACCGCCCCACUGCAUCGGAAAGUCCAACGCCAGUCUACCCGGCAGACCUGCUUGACAGCUUAAGACGACUGUCUAUUGUGGAUCUGAGGGAUGCUGUGAAAGACGAAGAAGAUUUUGAUAUGCUCCAGAAAAUUUCGAACCCUCCUAUGACUUCUUUGAGUGAUAAAGAGGAAUUCAUGAUAUCCUCACUAUUAGCAGAGUUAAACCUAGACUAUCAAGAAAACCGCAAAGUGAUAGCUUUACAAAGUAACACCAACGAGGUUCCAUUCGAUGAAUCUCUCAGAAGCAUCUCUGGUAACUUCAAGGCAGAGGGCUUCAAGAAGGUUCCCGACAAACUGAAAAUAUGCUAUUUGCCGCAUCGUCGAAAAUUGCAUCAACCCUUAAACACCGUUUGCAAUCAUCAAGACGCCGCCGAAAUAAGUAGCGAGACACACAAAUUAGACUCUGAAAAGCCUGAGGCAGACACGCACACUUCUGAGAUCACGUCGUCUAGAGUCAAUCGGGCCAUCAACAGACGUUUCCAACAAGACAUUGAAGCGCAAAAGGCAAUCAUCGGUUCUGAAUCUGAACUUUUAACACUCAACCAGCUGACGAAACGUAAGAAGCCUGUAACAUUUGCGCGUUCGGCAAUUCAUAACUGGGGCUUAUAUGCCCUGGAACCUAUUGCUGCGAAAGAAAUGAUUAUCGAGUACGUUGGCGAAAUGCUGCGGCAGCCCGUGGCUGAAAUGAGGGAAAGGACGUAUUUGAAAUGUGGCAUCGGGUCCAGUUAUUUAUUUCGGGUUGAUGAGGCGACUGUAAUCGACGCCACAAAGAAGGGAGGAAUUGCCAGGUUUAUCAACCACUGCUGCGAACCGAGCUGUACCGCCAAGAUCAUAAGAGUAGGAGGAAAAAAGAGGAUUGUCAUAUACGCGCUAAGAGAUAUAGCCGCUAACGAGGAACUUACUUAUGAUUACAAAUUUGAAAGGGAAACUGACGACGAAGAAAGACUAACAUGUCUCUGUGGUGCACCAUCCUGCAAGGGCUACCUGAACUAA